GUCUUUGUGGUCUCAAAUCAGAAUCCAGAGUGAAAACUGUAAGCAACCGCUCCACUACUCUCACUGUUCAGCGGUUUUCCGAUUUCCUCCGAGCAGAGUUUGAUUCGCUUUGCAUUGAGCCUCGUUAUUCAUCAAAUUCGGAGAAUCGCCAUCUGCGAGCUUUUCCGAUAAAUCGGUUGGUUCAGGCAUAUACAUGUUCGUCAAGAAGCUCGUCGACAAGGCUUCGAAGAAGCCUGCAAGUGGAAAUUUAGCUGAAGAUGUGGACCCGCGCCUAGUGUUCCAUUAUGGGAUCCCAACGGGAUCCGUCUUGCUGGCUUAUGACUCAAUUCAGAAGAUACUUGCUAUUUCUACAAAAGAUGGACGAAUUAAAUUGCUUGGGAAGGAUAAUGCGCAAGCUCUACUGGAAUCCAGGGAGACAGUGGCAAGCAAGUAUCUGCAGUUCAUUGAGAACCAAGGCAUCCUUCUAAAUGUAACUACCACUAACCACAUCGAGGUCUGGGACGUGGACAGGAGGUUGUUGUCAUAUAUUCAUGUUUUUAAGGAAGAAAUCACCUCUUUUACAGUUCUGCAACACAGUCUCUACAUGUAUGUUGGGGAUUCUGUUGGUAAUGUUUCAGUUUUAAAAGUUGAUCAAGAUCCAUGUCGCAUCAUACAGAUGAAAUAUAAUAUCCCACUCUCAGCAUCUCGUGGGAUUACAAACGAAGCCACAGGUGACACUGCCAUAAUGCAUAUACUACCCCAACCCGCAGCUGAAAGUAAGAGGGUCCUUAUUAUAUUUAGAGAUGGUUUUAUGACAUUGUGGGUGAUUCGAGGAAGCAAAUCCAUUUUCACAGCAGGUGGAAGUACAUUGCAGUCACUAAAUCAUGAAGCAAAGAAAGUAAGUUCUGCAUGCUGGGCAUGCCCUUUUGGAAGUAAGGUGGUUGUUGGAUACAGCAAUGGAGAUAUUUUUAUUUGGAAUGUUUGCUCAAAGUCUGAGUCUGCAACUGAUAAAGAGUUAUCUGGCACUCAAAGUACUCCUGCUUGUAAACUCAAUCUUGGAUAUAAGUUGGAUAGAAUUCCUAUUGCAUCAUUAAAGUGGGUCUAUGCUGAUGGGAAAGCAAGUCGAUUAUAUGUUAUGGGUGCAUCUGACUCUGUCUCUGCAAACUUGUUGCAGGUAAUUUUAUUGAAUGACCAAACUGAAUCACGCACGAUAAAGUUGGCUCUUCAUCCAUCUGAGGCUUGCCUUGACAUGGCAGUCAUUUCAAGCACAAGUGAACAAAACAAGAACAAGCCAGAUUCUUUUCUUCUGCUUGGAAAAUCUGGCCGCAUCUAUAUGUAUGAUGAUAUUUUGAUUGAAAAAUAUCUACUGCAAUGUCAAUCUAGGUCCUCACCCUCUCUCCCAAAAGAGGUGAUGGUAAAGCUGCCAUUUGCUGAUUCACGGAUCACUACAGCAAAAUUUAUAACAGAAAAUACAUGUUUGUUAAGUUCUACAGAUGAGGAUUAUGUUAUGUUGGCAAAGAAUAUUCAACCACUUCUUCCAUUUGAUGUGAAACCAAAAGAAGGAACUCAAUUGAACUCGGUGCACUUUGGUGGAUUCACUAAGAUAAAGAACUUAUACAUAACAGGUCACAGCAAUGGAGCCAUAAAUUUUUGGGAUUUAUCAUGUCCAAUUUUGCUCCCAGUUUUAUCAUUAAAGCAGCAGAGUGAGGAAGAUUUCUCCUUAAGUGGAAUAGCACUGACGGCAUUGUAUUUUGAUAGCAACCCCAGGCUUCUUGUUUCUGGAGAUCAAAAUGGGAUGGUUCGCAUUUAUAAAUUUAAACCUGAGGCGUCUGGUAUAGCGAACAGUCUGAUGUCCCUACAAGGAAUCACAAAGAAAGGUUCCAAUAACAUCAUCCAAAGCAUUAAGCUUAUAAAAGUUAAUGGAGCUAUACUUUGUUUAAACAUGAGCAGAAAACAUCUUGCGGUUGGGUCAGAUCAAGGACAUGUUUCACUCAUUGAUAUAGAAGGCCACACAAUAAUAUAUCAAAGGCAUAUUCCAAGCGAACUCUGUCCAGGGAUCAUCUCUCUCCAGUUCGAAACCUGUAGUUUCCAUGGUUUUGAGAAAAAUGCUCUUCUGGUAGCAACAAGGGAUUCAUCAGUUUUGGCACUUGAAGGGGAUAUGGGGAACACAUUGAGCUCUAGCACAGUCCAUCCUAAGAAACCCUCUAAAGCACUAUUCAUGCAGAUUUUGGAUGGACGGGGUACAGGGGAUAAAGGAUCAAAUAUAUCAGAGGGUCUAGACAUGAGCAAGAGUUCUGGUCAAGAUGUUCUGCUAAAACAAUCAUCACUGUUGCUUUGCUCUGAGAAAGCUGCAUAUGUCUACUCAUUAAUGCAUGUUGUUCAGGGAGUUAAGAAGGUACAGUACAAAAAGAAAUUUCAUUCAUCUUCUUGUUGCUGGGCAUCAACAUUCAAUUUCAACACUCCCCCAAAUUCCUGCCUUAUACUUAUUUACACUAGCGGGAAAAUUGAAAUAAGGUCCCUGCCAGAAUUAUUGCUCUUAAAGGAAAGCACAAUAAGAGGUCUUACAUUUUCCAGUCCAAAGCAAAACUCAUUCUCUGACAUUUCAAUUUGCUCUUCAUGGUCCGGAGAACUCAUUGUGGUGAAUAGUGACCAGGAAAUAUUUUUUGUUUCAGUUUUGCUUCAAAAGGAAGUAUACAGGCUUUUGGAUUCUGUUUGCCAAGUUUAUAAAAAUGAUCUGGCGGUUUCAGAAGAAGGGCUUAUUUCUGUACCUCCUGUCCCCAAAGAAAAGAAAAAGGGUUUAUUUAGCUCUUUCAUUAAGGAUAUAAGAGGCAGUAAAGCGAAGCAUGGGCCUGAAACAGAAGCUGCUGAAGAUGUAAAAGAUAGUAUUGAAGAACUCUCCACAAUCUUUUCAACUGCAAACUUUCCAUUUGACAAUGAAAAUAAGGUCGAGCAGACCCUGGAUGAAGUUGAAGAUGACUUAGAUAUAGAUGAUAUUGAUCUUGAAGAUCCAGAAGAAAAUUCCAAGGGGAAUAAUAUGAUGGGAGCACUAAAAAAGCCGAAUCUGACAAGCAAAUUUCAGACACUUAAAAGCAAGCUGAAACAAAUGAAGGUCCAAAAUGAAAAAGUAUCAGUGAAGGAAGAGACACAAGAUGAGAAGGCUGGUUCGGUGGAUCAAAUCAAGAAGAAAUAUGGAUUUCCAUUGUCUGGUGAAUCCAGUGUUGCGAAAAUGGCAGGGAACAAACUGAACGAGAAUUUGAAGAAGCUACAGGGCAUAAGCAUCAAAACAACAGAGAUGCAGGACACUGCUCGAUCAUUCUCAUUUCUGGCAAAGGAAGUGCUGCAAUCUGCUGAACAUGAGAAGCAAAGCUCAUGAACUUCGUGCUUUAAGAACUUAGCUGUAUUUAUUUUUGUUCCUUUUUUUUCAAUUUUUUUUGCGUGUACAUUCAUUUCCAUGUGUAUAGGUGCAAGAUUUGUGCAGCCAGCAGUGGCUUAUAGGAUUUGCUUCGAAGUCAUUUGUAAAUAAUUUGAGUGUUCUAAAAGAAAUAUCUCCUUUGUAAGUUUUUGUGUUCUCUUUCAAGAUAAACAAAGUCCAGUUUUACCA